CCUACAGGUUGGGAGGAAGCUUAUACUUUUGAAGGUGCAAGAUAUUAUGUAAAUCAUAAUGAACGAAAAGUAACCUGCAAGCAUCCAGUAACAGGACAGCCAUCACAGGACAACUGUAUUUUUGUUGUGAAUGAACAGACUGCUGCAGCAAUGACAUCUGAAGAAAAGAAGGAGCGACCAGUAAGCAUGAUAUGUGAAGCAACUAACUAUAAUCUGACAUCAGAUUAUGCUGCUCAUCCAAUGAGCCCUGUGGGCAGAACAUCACGCUCUUCAAAGAAAGUUCAUAAUUUCGGAAAGAGAUCAAACUCAAUAAAGAGAAAUCCUAAUGCACCAGUUGUCAGACGUGGCUGGCUCUACAAACAGGAUAGUACUGGAAUGAAGUUGUGGAAGAAACGGUGGUUUGUGCUCUCGGACCUGUGUCUCUUCUACUACAGAGAUGAGAAAGAAGAAGGAAUACUAGGUAGCAUACUUCUACCUAGUUUUCAGAUAUCUGUGCUUUCUCCUGAGGACCAUAUUAACCGCAAAUAUGCCUUUAAGGCAGCUCAUCCAAACAUGAGGACGUAUUAUUUCUGCACAGAUACAGGGAAGGAAAUGGAGUUGUGGAUGAAAGCCAUGACAGAUGCAGCACUUGUGCAGACAGAGCCUGUGAAAAGAGUAGAGAAGUUAACCACUGAACAUACACCACCUCGAGAGGCAAAUAAUAUCUCAAACCAUCGGGUGCUAAUUAAGCCAGAGGCACAAAAUAACCAGAAAAACAAAGAAGUGAACAAAAACGAGGAGAAGAAAGCUUUGGAAGCCGAAAAAUAUGGAUUCCAGAAAGUUGGGCAAGAUAAACCAUUAACAAAAAUUAACAGUGUAAAGCUAAAUCCUUUGGGAUCCGAAUACAGGACUUUACCCAUAACCACAAUUCAGGCUGGACACUUCAGACCAGUUCAUUUAAAUGGGUCUGAGAAUAAAGCUGUUGGUGUUGUCCUGGCAGACACUGGAGAUGGAGGUCAGCACAAUGUGGUUCAGUCACAUAUGGAGUCUGAACGAGUUAUGCAGAGAACUAAUUCAAUGCUGCAAUUGGAACAGUGGAUUAAAAUACAAAGAGGAAAAGGGCAAGAAGAGGAAACAAGAGGCAUAAUCUCAUAUCAGACAUUACCAAGAAACAUGCCAAGCCAUCGACCUCAAGUUUUACCCCGGUACCCAGAAGGCUACAGAACACUGCCAAGAAACAGCAAAGCACGGCCGGAGAGCCUAUGUAGCGUAACACCAUCAGCUUAUGACAGAGCCAUAGGACCAGUAACAGCUGAAGAAAAACGGAGGUCAAUGCGUGAUGACACAAUGUGGCAGCUCUAUGAAUGGCAGCAACGUCAGUUUUACAAUAAGCAAACAACUCUUACUAGACACAGUACUUUAAGUAGCCCAAAAACUAUGAUUAAUAUUUCUGAUCAGACGAUGCAUUCAAUUCCCACCUCACCUUCUCAUGGUUCAAUCGCUGGUUUCCAAGGAUAUUCCCCACAGCGGACCUACAGAUCAGAAGUGUCUUCACCAGUGCAAAGGGGAGAUGUAACUAUUGAUCGCAGACACAGGACGCAUCAUACUAAGCAUGUCUUUGUGCCCGACAGGAGGUCAAUGCCAGCAGGUCUGAGUUUACAGCCUGUUACUCCUCAGAGCCUCCAAGGCAAAACAUUAACACAAGAAGAAUGUAGGGGUACACUAUACAAAUAUAGAACUGAAGAGCUGGAUAUUGAUGCUAAGCUUAGCCGUUUAUGUGAACAAGAUAAAGCUGUACAAGCACUGGAAGAGAAGCUUCAACAGCUACACAAGGAGAAAUACACGCUUGAGCAAGCUUUGCUAUCAGCAAGUCAGGAGAUAGAAAUGAAUGCAGAUAAUCCCGCAGCCAUACAAAAUGUAGUCUUACAGAGAGAUGACUUGCAGAACGGACUACUUAGCACUUGUCGAGAAGUAUCGCGAGCUACUGCAGAACUGGAAAGAGCUUGGAGAGAAUAUGAUAAAUUGGAGUAUGAUGUAACUGUAACAAGGAACCAUAUGCAGGAGCAACUCGAUCGGCUUGGAGAAAUUCAGACUGAGUCAGCAGGGAUACAGCGUGCUCAGAUUCAGAAGGAACUGUGGAGAAUUCAAGAUGUCAUGGAGGGUUUAAGUAAACAUAAACAGCAAAGAAGCUCUUCAGAGGCAGGCAUCAUGGGAUCAAGGACAUUUUCAGCUAUUAAAUAUAAAAAUGAGGGUCCUGACUAUAGGCUUUAUAAGAGUGAACCGGAGUUAACUACAGUAGCAGAAGUGGAUGAGUCUAAUGGCGAAGAAAAAACAGAACAAAUUUCAGAAUCAGAAUCUACUACUAAAGGCUCACAUUUUCCUGUGGGAGUUGUACCACCCAGAACCAAAUCACCAACGCCAGAGUCUUCAACAAUAGCAUCCUAUGUCACUUUGAGGAAGAAUAAGAAGAUAGAUCUAAGAACGGAAAGACCAAGAAGUGCAGUGGAGCAGCUGUGUCUUGCGGAAAGCACACGGCCUCGAAUGACUGUGGAGGAACAGAUGGAAAGAAUAAAGAGACACCAACAAGCUUGCCUGAGAGAGAAGAGAAAAGGACUCAAUAUUAUUGGUGUUUCAGACCAGUCUCCUUCACAGAGUCUGUCAUUUGUCAGAGAUAAUCCAUUCAAAUUGGCACAGAAUCGAAAAAAGGAUGAUACUGUAUCUGGUAACAUGAAGGAAUUAGAGAGCACCCGUAAAGAAAAUAAUUUGAAACAAAAUAAUGAAAGUCCUGGAGAAGAAAUAGCACAACUAAAACAUGAUGGAGAACAAGAACAUAAUUCAGGUUUUAUGAAAGAGCUGACAAAAACUGAUGAUCUUUUAUCAGAUGCACAUGUUGUAUCUGACUCAAAAGACGUGAGUAAUGAAGAGAAAGCAGAAAAGGAAAAGAAAAAUAAAUUGGAAGAAACACAUGAUGGUGAUAUAAGCUUGCAGAGUGUGACCACAGUUACAAACCACAAACCCAAAACCAGCUCAGAAGAAAGUGAAGUAGUUAGUGUUCAAGAACAAGGAGGAAUUAUUUCUUCAUUUGAAUUAGCAGCACAGUCUUCAAAAGGAAAUCAAGCAACAGCAGUGAAAAGUUUGCCUUCUUCACCAGAAUCGUCAUUGUCACCAGCUCCAUCUACCCAGGCACAGCUCACAGAAGGAUCACAUUUCAUGUGUGUAUAGUUACAGAGAACACUAAUGGCUUCUGUUGAAACAAUUCAUGGCUGAGAUGUAUGGACCUGACCUAUGAAAAGAUGAGAAGAUAUUGUACAGUAUAUUUUAAAUCUAUGAAAUUCAUAGUUCUGAUGCUUUUGGCCACAGAGCAUCAUUUUAUCACUUCCUGGAAAAUGUUUAUUCCAAGAGAGCUUUAAAUGGCCCACAUGUACACUCGACAACCUUCAGAUUGUUCUCCUGAUACCAGCUUGCUGCUAUGAUUUCUGUGCACAUAAAAUAAAGGCUCUUUUUCAUGUGCAGCCUACAGUCAGAACUUUGAUAUUCUCCAGAAUUUAAUGUUCUUUUAAUUAUGGAUCCUAUAAGUUUACUUUUUUGCUUGUUUUAGAUGCAUAACUUGGUUAAUUUUACAUAUCACCACUAAACCUUGUUUUACACUUUUUAAACACUACAAUUUAUUGGUUUAACAUUUUAUUUGUAAAAUUUUUAUAUAUAUAUGCAUAUAGAUAUAUUUAAAAUGUGCCAUUUUUAUUAUUGCUUAGUAAAAUAUGUCCUGUUUCUGCUGUAAUUAUUUCUUGGUCAGGUUGCAAUGUCAGCAGUUACUGCCACACUUCUGUCAACAUACACAUUAAUGUUAGUGGUUACUUUUUCUUAAAUAAAAUGGAGUGUAGGUAUUUUGAGGUACUGGGCUUUUCCUUCGUUGGGUUAGGGUGUGUACAGCAAUAAGCAGGUUUUCAAUCCAGUACUUAGUUUGUGUACAAAUGUAAUUAUGUUCAUUGUGUAUAUAUUAUACAAUGAGCACAUACGAUGUAAGUAUAAGAAGCCACUUAUUAUUGUUCAAAUACAAAUGUUCAUAUCUCAUUUCUUUUAUAUCAUAUUAAAUAAAUGUUGAUGUUCUUAAGGACUUGUAUGGUUAGUAUUUCUUCCAGCAAACAGAUGUCACACUGUGUUCCACCUUUUGCUGUGGGGAAUGCAACGAUUCUUAUCUCAUUGGCGACAUCACCUGUCAACCAGAGUAGCAGUGACAGACUCUUCAGAGAUUCCAGUCUUCCUCUAUGGGAAAGAAUAAGGCUGCAAGACAGAACAAAAAGACAACCUGAGACUGAGACGCAAGAAAUGCAGGUUCGGCUCCUGACUCUCCCAGACUUGUAUCGUGAUGUUGGAAUAAUCACUUAGUCAUUCUGUGCCUCCGUUCCCUGCCUGUUUACUUGAGAGGUAAUAGCCUGUCUUGCUGGGGCGUGGUGAGUAGUAAUUCAAUAUUUGCAAACGUUGAAUGCCACGCUCAGUGGGGUUAAGGA